GAUAAUUGGGCACCAUUGGUUUGGUUCGUGUUACAUUCUUACUCAGAAGAUAUAUCAUCAUCUGAAGAACGUACACGAAACCAACAACGAAAACUGUUGGUGGUGAAAGUUUUGUUGGCGGCGCUGCUACUAUAGGUCUGUCGAAUAUACUCAUGGGACAAUUCUGAGGGUUGGAUUGGUUAGAUAUAGCCACCAACAUCAACAACAUAUGUAGGUUACUUUCAAGUAGUCUUGAUGAAAUCUUUCUUCAGUAUUUCAAUCUCACUUAUCUGGGUCAUCUUCAAGCUACAAUCUCUAAUUUUUCUUUUUUUUUUACAACUCGAUUCAUCAAAAGUUUGUUCAGAUCCUGAAAUAAUAGCCUAUUUUAAUUUUCGAGGGUAUUUUUCCUUUGACUCCUUCAAGUUCUUAACAUGAGCGAAUAUAUUGAAACUGUUGCGUUGAGUGUAGAGAAGGAAACCUUUGGUUUUCAGACACAAGUCACAAGCGUGUCUCAAUCUGAUCCAUCCAUGAGCGAUACGUCGCAAGCCGAUGACAUUGCCCACGAAGGAGUAUCAAGUCAACCAUCUACAGUUUAUCUAAAGGGUGCAAGACUUCACAUAAUAACAGCUGCGUUCGAAACUCUUCUCUUUUAUUCAUUACAAGAACAAGCAAAAAGUACUGAUUGGUCUCAGAAUUUUUCUGUCUCUUUUUAUUACCAAUCUUGAAAUUCCAAUUGUUACAACCUCAUUGGUUUCAAUCACAGACGACUUGAACUCCUUCAAUGAAGUCAAUUGGAUUGCAUCUGCCUACAUGCUGGGUGAAGUCAGCAUGCUUAUGAUUUGGGGCAAGCUCAGUGACAUAUUUGGCAGAAAGCUUUGCACAGUUACUUCUAUCAGUUUAUUUACCAUAUUUGCAGGAGCUUGUGGAAUCUCUCAAUCUAUGACACAGCUAAUACUUUUUCGAGCAUUUCAGGGGAUUGGUUCAGGGGGCAAUUUUGCACUCGGUAACAUAAUACUUUUUGAGCUAGUGCCCAAGAAUUUGUACACGAGAUAUACAACUUUUAUAUCAAUUGUCUACUCAAUUUCAUUUUCACUUGGGCCUGUAUUAGGCGGGGCACUCAAUCAUUCCAAAACUUGGAGAUGGGUAUUCUUGUUGAAUGUGCCAGCUGGAGCUCUUUCCGCUCUUGCUAUUGUCUUCUAUCUCCCUGCUAAAUUCCCCAAUCACAAACGCGACGAAACGUCCAAAGGUUUUGGAUUUAGAUCGCUAUUUUCAACAAAUGUUUUUAAACGAGUAGAUCUCCUCGGUGCUGUAAUACUGCUGGUUGCUAUCGCUCUCUUAGUCGCAGCGCUCGAAGAAGCUGGACAAUUAUACGAGUGGAGAUCUGCAUUUGUAGUUGUUCUUUUAACAAUAUCCGGUAUUUCUUGGAUUUGUUUUGUCUUCUGGGAGCGACUGGUGAGCUUAGAGUCACAAACAGCUGAGCCAGUAUUCCCCUGGCGGCUAAUGACUAGCCGAAUUUGGAUUGGAAUGAUACUUAAUGCAGUUUUCUUGGGUAUUCCAUACUUUGUUACCAUCUUCCAACUCCCUCAACGAUUCCAAGUUGUUGACAACACCACGGCUCUCAAUGCAGCUUUCCGGCUCAUUCCAUUCACGCUAUUAUGCCCUGUUGGGUCAAUAGUAUCCACCGUGGUGGCUGGAAAAGCUAAAGUGCCACCUAUCUUUUUUAUCAUGAUAGGUUCUGGUUUACAGGUAGUCGGCUUCGCUCUACUUUCCACACUAACCAUUUCCGAGGUAGUACCGGUAUCACAAUAUGGAUUUCAAGUAAUUGCAGGUUUUGGUGUGGGCAUUAAUCUCUCGACUUUGCUCUUAAUCACGCCAUAUUCUAUUUCUGAACCUGCUGAUAAAGCCGUUGCUGUUAGUUCCAUAACACAGUUUCGAAUACUAGGCGGUGUUCUUGGUAUUGCCAUUGCCACUGCCGCGUAUAAAAGCAACAUUAUAUCAAAUCUUGACAAGAUAUUAACAAAAGAGCAAAGACUCCUCAUUCUCGAAUCAACCUCAAUGAUUAAGACAUUCGAUCCCGACGUCCAACUCCAAAUUCGCUCAAUCUUCGCUGAAGGUUAUAAUCUACAAUUUCGAAUUUUGGUUGCAUUUGCUGCCGCACAGAUUCCAUCAUCAUUACUGAUGUGGCAGGAAAAGCAAAUCGUAGUCUGAAUUUUUCUGGGCCAUUGAAUUCCGCGUCCAAGAUCAGAUGCAAAGGAAAAGCUGAGUCAGUCAUUAGGAAAUUUAGGGAGCACUGACGAGCGGCAGUGGUUAUGUAAUGUGAUUAUAGCAAUAAUAAGUUUUGGCAGCCAACAACCCAAUUUCACUGGCUGUAUCUCAGAGUCA